CGGUUGGCUCCACCGCAGUGUGAAACUUUGGAAAGCCUCUCUUGGAGACAGCGUUUGACGGCAGGGGCGUUUUUGCACUUAGUCUUCGACAGAAAUCACUGUGAACAGCUCGUACAAUGGAGUCAUCUCUGGAGUUGUCCAACUCCUUGGGCAGUGUGUCCUCACUGCUGACCCGCUGUCGGACCUUUAAAGUACUGGUAAUUGGAGACUCCGGUGUGGGGAAGACCUGCCUCACACACCGACUGUGCGCCGGACAGUUUCCCGACAGAGUGGAGGCAACCAUUGGGGUGGACUUCCGUGAGAGAUUGCUGGACAUCGAUGGAGAAAAAAUUAAGCUCCAGCUGUGGGACACGGCAGGACAGGAGCGCUUCCGUAAGUCCAUGGUGCAGCACUACUAUCGAAACGCCCACGCCGUCCUCUUCGUUUAUGACGUCACCUGCCCUGCCAGCUUCAGGGGACUGAUUUCCUGGAUAGAGGAGUGCAGGCAGAAUUCCCUUGGACAGGAAAUCCCCAGGUUCCUGGUGGGUAAUAAGAGUGACCUCCGUGACCCCAGCAGAACUGAAGGCCAGGUGAGCCAGGAGCAGGCGACGAGGUUCGCCAAAGUCCACGGCAUGAUGUUUUUCGAGACGUCCGCCAAGAACCCGCCAUUCAAACGUGUGAACGGUCAGCGAGGUGACAUGGAGGUUUCAUAUCAGCGGGAUAAGGUGGAGGACGUCGUCAUGGCUGUUGGUGCCAAACUGAAGCGACAGAAGAAACAUUCAGCAGCAAACGCUCUCAUGUACAGCGGGUCCUUUAAGGUCCUGAGCAAGAAAAGACCAGAGAAAGAGGUGUGGACCUGCUGCUGAGAGACGGAGGGAGAGAGGGCAGACUGCUCACACUGAAGAAUGGGACUUUUUAGCUCUUUAUCACUCUGUGUGUGUGUGUGUGUGUGUGUGUGUGUGUGUGUGUGUGUGUGUGUGUGUGUGUGUGUGUGUGUGUGUGUGUGAGAGAACAUAUUUGAUAAUCUUCAUUUUUGACCAAUUAACAUGUGACAUACAGUUCUCGUCAGUCCCACAAAGACCUUAAAUAUUUAUAAGAAUGUGAGAAUAUAUAUGGUGUGUAUAUUUGUGAUCUUAUCAUUUAAAAUUGUUGGAAAAUAAAAAACUGUGAAUGUUAACAUUA